AUGGAAACGCUACCUCAUGAACACCUGUACAGAGUUUGUGACGCCAGCAUGCAUUCUACAGAUUCAAUCAUCAAAUCUAUCAAUUCCACAGGAAAUAGAUUUAACACACAUCAAGCACUACAUCUGGUAUUCCUUCAUGUAAUCCUGGUACUGAGAUGAAAUGGGAUCCACACUGAUUGACCUCCAACGAACCAAACGACGUAAACCAUGUCACUCAACCAUCGAAAAGAUUUGCGAGAGGAUCCUUCCGGAUGUCGCUCUCAAAUUCUUGUUCAGUCCACCUCACGAGUUUCCACGGGUUCGUCUCCUGUGUGGUGUUCUCUUUGGAACAGUUAGUGGUGCAGGAUUAUACCUAGGCCUGAUGCACAGUAUUGUGAUGACCACCAUCCAAAGGUUAAUUGUUGGAUAUGUGUUUGUUGGUGUGUGCAUUGUGGGUGGAAUGUUUUCCACACUCUUCCGCUGUUCGGUCCUGCUGAUGUUUCCCAGCAUCCUUGGUUCUCAGGGAAGGGCCUAUCUCAUGCUAUUUGUCUUCUUUGGUCUUUACCAGGGCCCGGUCACCAACAUCCCCUACAACAUUCAGAAUGUGGCCUACUCCAUGGGUUGUAACUUGGACUUGCAGAUUCAACACAGCAAAGUUAUGUGGAGAGUGGUGACAGACCCAUUUGUUCAAGUUGUCCAGGAGAUUGUGGAUGAUACUGCGGAACUUCAGAGUGAAACCAAGAACAUCAGUAGAAACUUUCAGAGCAUCAGAGAUGAGGUUCUGGGACGGUAUGGAUACAACAGCGUUGUAGGGGAUUCUAUCACCAUGGGCAACAGCACACAGGAAGUAUUUGCUGCCAAAACGAUGAUGCGGUGUGACUAUGUGGUGGAAGAGGGAAUAGAGCGCUGCCGGGGCUGGUUUGACGUCAAAUGGCAAGAGUGCAUGGACACCAUCAGUGUCCCUCUCAUCAACCACCUGCUCUGUGUGCCAAUGAAAUUUGACUUUCUGUGUGAUGUCAUGAAAGUAAUGACACCUUGGUGCAGAGAAGAGAUCCCGGUGGAGGGAAACUUUGGGCAGACCUUUGACAAGCUCAAUUUGUCCAUAGGCAAACUCGGGGAAGAGUUUACCACUAAUGUCAUCCUCCAGAAAGUUGAGCAGCAAUCAGUUUUUGGCCUGUCCAUGCUUCAGGAAGAUUUCUCUACAGAACUCAGCAAGACAUUUGAGGAGAAGAAGGCUAUUGUUGACCAGCUCUUGGAAUUGGUUCAUGUCCUUCUGUCUUUUGCCUUCAUUGCUGUGUUUGUUUCCGCUUUUGGAUAUGCAAGACAGUACUGCCAGGAUAUUCGCUUUGACAAUAUUUACAUUACAACAUACUUCAGGCAGAUUGAUGCACGCAGGAGAAAAGCCGGUAAGAGGUAUCUUUUACCUCUGAAGAAGGCUGAGCACAAACACUUCAUCAACCCCUGGAGCUUUUCCAUCCAUCCUAGCGAACUCAAGCUUGUGGUGGCUGGCCUGUUGCAGGUGCUUUCUCUCAUGCUCUUCACUUGUGUCCUACUGGCUGUGGAUUGGAUCCUUUUUCAUGUCUUUGACAUCAUCCAUAGACACUCAUUCACACAGUAUUCUUUCUCGAGUUAUCACCACAUUGAUAUUGAUGUCGCUGGAGAAUCCAUACUGGCUAAUCUCCUGCGGAAAACCAUAGGUGCUUUCAACACCUCCUCCAGUGUGGACAUGCAGUCCAGUAACAAGCACUGUCUGCCCGACCCCCAUGCCCUGACCUGGGAGGAAUACCUGUGGAGUAUCGUCCCCCUCCUCAUGAUGGCCCUGAUGUGCUGCCUGCAGGUGUACACCAACCGACUGCGCCGAGUCAUCGCAGCCUUCUAUUUUCCCAAGAGAGAGAAGAGGCGAAUUCUGUUCCUCUACAACCUGCAGAUACAGAAACGCAUGAUGUUUGUCGACAUCCAACGCAGAAAGCUAAUGACUGCACAAAAGCCACAGAUGUCUGUACUCUCAGCACUGGUUGUCCAGAUGGGGUGCCCGGGCCUGAAGCUGCAGCGGUGCUGUGUGUGUGGGGAACGCCAAAGAAGAGGACAGGGGCUUGAGUGCACUGGGUCAGGUUGCGGGGUGGUCUACUGUCCUACGUGCUGGAGAGACCUGGAUCAGUUCUGUUGUGUCUGUGCUCCGCACAAACAACAUGACCCUGUGGACAGUGGCAACGAUAUAGAUGUUUAUUAUGUUGACUAGAGAGCGGCCAAACAAUUGUAACUUUUUAUGCUUUUCAGUUUACAGUUGAAUGUAACUUAAUUUAAAAUGUUUUAUGCAUGUAUGGAUAAAUGUAAUGGGUAAACACUG